CCCUUCUCUCUUUAUGGCAUCUAUAUGUAUGUCAUUGUGUCGUGUUUUUCCACAUUUUGCGCAAUUAGCUUAUAAAAUUCCAAUUCUUUUACAUUUGAAAGCAAACUAUACUGUAGACAUGACAAAAAAGACAGCAAUUUUAUUGAUUGCUGAUGGUUCGGAAGAAAUGGAAGCUGUAAUAACGACGGAUGUUUUACGACGAGCUGGAGUUGAUGUUACUGUAGCUGGCCUUACUGAAAAUCCAUAUGUUAAAUGCAGUCGUAAUGUAAAAAUACAUAUUGAUGCAAAGCUUCAAGAUGUAAUUAAUAAAAAAUAUGAUGUUGUAAUAUUACCUGGUGGUUUAGAUGGUUCAAAAGCUUUUGCAUCUUCUGCAGAAGUGGGAAAAUUAUUACAACAACAACAACAAGAAAACAGAUUUAUUGCUGCUAUUUGUGCUGCACCUACUGCAUUAAAGGCUCAUGGUAUUGCAAAAGGAAAGCAGAUUACAUCUUAUCCUGCAAUGAAGGAUCAAUUAGUGGAUUAUUACAAAUAUUUGGAAAAUAAAGUUGUUAUUGAUGAUAAUUUAAUUACUAGUAGAGGUCCUGCAACAGCAUUUGCUUUUGGAUUAGCAAUUGCUGAAAAAUUAAUUGAUAAACAAACAGCAGAUAAUGUAGCACAAGCAAUGCUAUAUGUACAAUAAAUGAAAUGAGUUCUUAAAUAAAUGAGUCCUUAAUUAAGCAUGUUAUGUAUGAUUUAUGUUAUAUAUUUAAAUUUAAUAAAUUAAUAUUAUGCAAUUAAUAUUAUUUAA